AAGCUGAAAUUUUCGGCUCCCUGACUUUUCAAUGGAGAUUGGAGAAGAUGAAAGAGGAACAAGAUCUUCGACCUCUGUUAACGGCGUUGUGAAUCAUGAAGAGGAAGAAACCUCAGUCUUGAGAAGAGGAUCUGCCUUUAACAUUCUUAAUCCACCGGGUUCAUAUUCUAAAGUGUGGAAAGCAGUAUUUCUACUAUCAAGCGCGAUUGGAUUAUGGUUGGAUCCUUUGUUCUUCUAUAUAAUUACAGUGAAUGAAGAUAAAAAAUGCCUUCUCCUGGACAGAAAAUUGGGAAUUGCAGCAGUUUUUCUGCGUUGUUCCAUCGAUUUCAUCCAUAUAAUGUAUGUUGCUUGUGGAAUUCUUAAUGUGGAUGAGGAUACCUGGAAAAACGCAAGAAAAUAUUUGCGGUCUUGCUUCUUGUUAAUUGACAUAGUUUCAAUUCUUCCACUUCCACAGGUGUUAAUUUUAAUUACUCCAGCAAUAAAAGGCUCGAGAGUUUUGGUUGCCAUGGACUUGUUGAAAUUUUUUGUUAUCUCCCAAUUCGUACCAAGGAUUCUACGGCUCUAUCCGUUGUAUACGAGAGAUAAAAAUGUUUUUGGCGCACUUGCUGAAUCUGCAUGGAUCAAAGUUUUACUCAAUCUCUUUCUUUACAUGCUUGCUAGUCAUUAACUUGCUGGUAUUUUAAGGUGAUUGGAGCUCUCUGGUACUUCUUGGCCAUAGAACGAGAAACUAAACGUUGGCGUGAAGCUUGUGGAAAUCAGCCUGGAUGUGUUAGUGUUGCUUUUAUAUGUGAUGUUACUCUUGGAAAUCACACAUUUCUCAAUGAUUUAUGCCCUAUAAAUUCAUCCAAUCCGGAGCAAUUUGAUUUUGGAAUAUAUCUUUAUGCUCUAG